AUGAUCUUUCCAGCAUUUGCAUGCCAUAUUAAGAAAAAAAGUGACAAAGCAUUGAAGCCUAUAAAUUUCAGUAAGCCAAGUAUUUCGAAUUUCAUUGCUUCAAUCACAAAGAGAAUGUGCAGUCAUAUUGAAGAAGACAGUGAGCUGAGAAGAGGGCCAUGGACAACUGAAGAGGAUGCUCUCUUAACCCAUUACAUCGAUCAUCAUGGGGCUGGUCGUUGGAAUAUGUUGGCAAAAUGUGCAGGUCUCAAGAGAACUGGUAAAAGUUGCAGACUAAGGUGGCUGAAUUAUUUAAACCCCGACAUUAAACGCGGAAACCUGACUCUCAAAGAACAGCUCUUGAUUCUCGAGCUUCAUUCCCAGUGGGGAAACAGGUGGUCAAAAAUUGCAGAGCAUCUUCCAGGAAGAACGGACAACGCGAUCAAGAAUUAUUGGAGGACGAGGGUGCAAAAACAGACAUGCUCUGCUUCUCAUUCGAAAGAUACGAGUCCUCAACUACCGGAAUGCAUAGUCCCUUCCUCGUCGACAUUUCCCGGUUCAUUUGCAGCAGAAUUCGUGAACACUUCGGAGGAAACUGAUCAAUUUGCCCAGCACCAAGCGAGUCCAAACGUAUAUGAGCAAAUUUUGAAUGGAAGUUACGGUAUUGGCAGCAGUGGGCACGGCAUAGAAUCUAUGGCUGCUGCCGGUGAAGGGUGUUGUUGGAUAUAUGAUGAGAUGACGGAUGGGUUAUGGCAAUGUGGAGAGUUGGGAGAGAUGGGCAACUAGCUAGAUGGAGUAGUCGAGUUAUCGUUAAUGAGAAACCACAUUGGACUGGAUGCUUUGUGUGAUAGUUAUAGAUUGUGGUAUAAUGCUGUGGCAUAUGACCCAUCAUAUAAGGUGAUGGAU